ACCCUUAUUUAAACCGUUUGCGAGCCAGAGAGGAGGGUAAUGAAAUAUGAGUGAUUUUUUUCUAUACUCAAAGGGAGUGGUAUAAUGUCGAGAUUGAGAACGAAACCAAUAUUGGAGAAGGCCUCAGUCUUCUCAUAGACGCUGCUUUGGAUAAGUCUCCAGGAGAUUCUGCCUUCCCACUCCAGCUCUAACCAUGAUGGUUUCUGAUGACAUUUUGCGCUGAAAUACAAAACUGCAGCAUCCUCUUUCGGGAAACUUUAAAGAUAAAGGAGCAAAAAAAAAAACACCGCGCGUACGUAUUUCAUAAGAAGAUACAAAGAGGCAUUAGGACAGAGAAAACACUUCUGGUGAGAAUCUUUCCACUCGUGCCAAAUUGGACCACCGGAAGAUGCGCGUUACGAGACGGUGAUCCAACAGAAUUAAAAUGCAUUUUUUAAGGAGUGCUCUUAACGCGUUUCUAAUUAAAGACAUGCCGGGGUAAUCCACAUGGGACAGCUCCUUACGUCUGCAACUGACAAUAAAAAGUGAGGAACCCAUGCCGGAUGAUCUGAAGCAACUUUACGCACUGGAGGGGGAAAAUAAAUAAAUAAAAAGCUGCGGACUUUCGUCAAUUUCCACCCACUUCGAGUCAACACGAUCAACAGAUGACCACGGCUGUCUUUAAACAUAUAAAAGAGACUUGUGUCAUGGUGCGCUAGAGCCUGUGGAAGUACCUUUGGAGAAGCGACGCCAGCGGAGUCUAUUUGAUGUGUUUUGCGUUAACAUUAUUACUCUUUAAACGCGGAAGGCAGUCAAACAAGUGUAAACUAACUGCAUUGAAGAGAAACAGGGCUAUACGACUGGACGCAGGGCAGAGGGGCUCUCGUUGCCCACCUUUCAGCAUGAGUGCAGUGCGCACACCUGUCUUCAUAGGGCUCCUUUUGCUGAUCCUCACCACCGGCUACUGCAGACUGAGAGACAGGGACGACGCCAGUCUGCUGGACCUCCUAAGGGACAGAGUGAGACUAGCACAGGAGCAUCAAAGUGAGGGAAACACACAGCACCCCCCUGAGCUCACCGAGCAUUCGGCAGAAACAAAGGACGUUAAUAAAGUUACAAAGUCAUAUCAGCAUGAACGCAUUCUUGAGAUCUUUCCGAGAGAUCUUCGACAGAAGGAGAAGUUUUUAAAACAUUUAACAGGGCCGCUUUAUUUUAGCCCCAAAUGCAGCAAAUACUUUUAUAAACUGUAUCAUAAUACCAGGGACUGCACAAUACCAGCCUAUUAUAAAAGAUGUGCCCGGCUUCUUACAAGGCUAGCAGGGAGCCAGCGGUGCUCAGAGGGUUAGAUGUUGCAGAUUUCAACAGACCUUUAGAAAUAACGAGAACCAAGAAAAGUGCCUUGGAGAAAAACAGGGAAAUGAAAUGAAUUCUGAACAAUCAUAUUUAUCAUGUGAGCAUAGCUAUUUUUGCAAUGAAAUAGAACUCCUCUUUUGACCUUUUCUUCUCACAUACAGCUUGUCAAGUCUUGUGAGUUGACAAAACUGAUGUUAGAACCAAGUUUACUGGCAAUGGUCAUGGUGAAAAUGAAGAAGACAAUGUUUUAUGAAAAAAAAAAAAAAAAAAAAUGUCCUGCUGCCAAAUGACAAACUCUGGGUGUCACAUUCAAUUGCAUAUAUUCAAAGUUGAAUUUGCCUUCACAGGUUGUGUGUCCAGUAGUUUUUGGUUGAAGAAGAAUUUAGAUGUUGUUUUGCAGAUGUUCAAAGAUGUUUACUGGCUGAACGCAGCCUUUGGUCCAAUAUUCCUGACAACCUCAAAGUCACAUUCCUCAAAGCCAGAGCUAAAUCCUUUAAUUGAAUUAUGAAUUGCAUGAUAUUUUCUUGCCUUUUUUGUCUUUACAAGACAUGUCUUGGCAGUGAUGAACGCUACUGGUUGCAGUUUAUUCUGUGAAAGAAAUUAAUUGCAUUUUGCUAAUAUUGAAUGUCUUAUAUUAUGUAUUUAUACAUUCAAGCUAUUAAAUAUUGCUAUUGUCAAAUGUAUAAACAUCUAAGUUAGAGUUCACUUUGUAAAUAUUGUAAAUAUAUACAGUAUAUAUAUAUAUACAUAUAUACAUACAUACACAUAUAUAUAUAUAUAUAU